AUGGCAGUGAUUCCCCGACGUGGCUUUCUCUCCAGUGUCCCCAGUCCUCUCCAGUAUCUCCAGUUCUCUUCAGUCCUGCCCAGUGCUCCCCAGUCCUCUCCAGUCCUGCCCAGUACUCCCCAGUCCUCCCCAGUGCUCCUCAGUCCUCUCCAGUCCUCUCCAGUCCUCUCCAGUCCUCACCAGUCCACCCCAGUCCUCAGAAGUCCUCCCCAGUCCUCCACAGUCCUCUCCAGUCCUGCCCAGUGCUCCCCAGUCCUCUCCAGUCCUGCCCAGUACUCCCAGUCCUCUCCAGUUCUCUCCAGUCCUCCCCAGUCCUCUCCAGUCCUCCUCCAGUUCUCUCCAGUCCUCCCCAGUUCUCUCCAGUCCUCUCCAGUCCUCCCCAGUCCUCUCCAGUCCUCUCCAGUCCUGCCCAGUACUCCCCAGUCCUCUCCAGUUCUCUCCAGUCCUCCCCAGUCCUCUCCAGUUCUCUUCAGUCCUGCCCAGUGCUCCCCAGUCCUCUCCAGUCCUGCCCUGUACUCCCCAGUCCUCCCCAGUGCUCCUCAGUCCUCCCCAGUCCUCUCCAGUCCUCCCCAGUCCUCUCCAGUCCUCUCCAGUCCUCUCCAGUCCUCACCAGUCCUCCCCAGUCCUCCACAGUCCUCUCCAGUCCUGCCCAGUGCUCCCCAGUCCUCUCCAGUCCUGCCCAGUACUCCCCAGUCCUCCCCAGUGCUCCUCAGUCCUCUCCAGUCCUCUCCAGUCCUCUCCAGUCCUCACCAGUCCACCCCAGUCCUCACCAGUCCUCCCCAGUCCUCCACAGUCCUCUCCAGUCCUGCCCAGUGCUCCCCAGUCCUCUCCAGUCCUGCCCAGUACUCCCCAGUCCUCUCCAGUUCUCUCCAGUCCUCCCCAGUCCUCUCCAGUCCUCUCCAGUUCUCUCCAGUCCUCCCCAGUUCUCUCCAGUCCUCUCCAGUCCUCCCCAGUCCUCUCCAGUCCUCUCCAGUCCUGCCCAGUACUCCCCAGUCCUCUCCAGUUCUCUCCAGUCCUCCCCAGUCCUCUCCAGUUCUCUUCAGUCCUGCCCAGUGCUCCCCAGUCCUCUCCAGUCCUGCCCAAACCCUCAGUGUUAACCCUGCCCACAGAACCCCCAGUGUCAACCCUGUCCACAGAACCCUCAAUGUAAACCCUGCCCACAGAACCCCCAGUGUCAACCCUGUCCACAGAACCCUCAAUGUAAACCCUGUCCACAGAACCCUCAGUGUCAACCCUGUCCACAGAACCCAUAGUGUCAACCCUGUCCACAGAACCCUCAGUGUCAAACCAGUCCACAUAACCCUCAGUGUUAAACCUGUCCACAGAACCUUCAGUGUCAAACCUGUCCACAGAACCCUCAGUGUCAACCCUGCCCACAGAACCCUCAGUGUCAACCCUGUCCACAGAACCCUCAGUGUCAACCCUGUCCACAGAACCCUCAAUGUAAACCCUGUCCACAGAACCCUCAGUGUCAACCCUGUCCACAGAACCCAUAGUGUCAACCAUGUCCACAUAACCCUCAAUGUAAACCCUGUCCACAGAACCCUCAAUGUAAACCCUGUCCACAAAACCCUCAGUAUCAACCCUGUCCACAGAACCUUCAGUGUCAACCCUGUCCACAGAACCCUCAAUGUAAACCCUGACCACAAAACCCUCAGUGUCAACCCUGUCCACAGAACCCUCAGUGUAAACCCUGUCCACAGAACCCUCAGUGUCAACCCUGUCCACAGAACCCUCAGUGUAAACCCUGUCCACAUAACCCUCAGUGUAAACCCUGUCCACAGAACCCUCAGUGUCAAGCCUGUCCACAGAACCCUCAGUGUCAACCCUGUCCACAGUGUCAACCCUGUCCACAGAACCCUCAGUGUCAACCCUAUCCACAGAACCCUCAGUGUAAACCCUAUCCACAGAACCCUCAGUGUAAACCCUGCCCACAGAACCCUCAGUGUCAACCCUGACCACAGAACCCUCAGUGUAAACCCUGCCCAUAGAACCCUCAAUGUCAAUCAUGUACACAGCACCCUCAGUGUCAACCCUGUCCACAGAACCCUCAGUGUCAAUCCUAUCCACAGAACCCUCAGUGAACCCUAUCCACAGAACCCUCAGUGUCAACCUUGCCCACAGAACCCUCAGUGA